UUGGGUUACAUACUAGUUGUUUUCAGUGAUAAAUAAAAAUGCAUUGCCUUAUAUUUAAAAAUUGCUAAAGCUCUAUGUGACUCUGUUCCAUUUGAUGCACAGUUUGCAACCAAUAAUUGUUGAAAUGUUUAAUUAAAUAGCCCAUUUUUUAUUUCAGAUAUAUCUAGAACUGUUUUUGACACUUAAGACAACUAUUGUUGAAAAAUCAAAUAAUGAUUGAAUUUUCUACAGAUAUAAUUCUGAAUAAAAACUUCCCAAAACUAUGUAUAUUUUGUCACUGUCUAAUAGUUUUCAUUUAAUAUAUUGUAAAAUCUUUAGUUAGAUUGCUACCUCCGUCAUGCAGCUAUUGCGGCUUUUAUACAGACGACCUUUGCCUACUAUUUUGAGUUUUGUAUUAUUACUUUGGGUGUUUGUUUCAAGUGGGCUCUACCAGCAUUUUUUUGCACUAUCAUUUAAAACUGAGUAUAAACACUGGGGCCCAAAUAUGCCUUUACAGCCGCUUAUACAGCAAAUCAAGGAGAAAAUCCCACCUGAUAUUUUGCCUGUUAAUGAAUUUAAACACAAAUUCAUCUAUGAUAACAAGCAAAAGUGUGAAGUGAGAGAUAAAAGUGAACCUAUCACAUUUUUAUUACUAGUUAAGAGUGCAUUGAAGAAUUUCAAUGUCAGAGAUGUGAUUCGUCAAACUUGGGGAUCAGAACAGAGAUUCUCAGAUGUGAUAAUAAGAACUGUGUUCCUUUUGGGUGUUGAGCCUGACGCCCAACACUUGCAAAGACGUUUGAUGCAAGAAAAUUCUCAACAUAAAGAUAUCAUUCAAGCUGAUUUUAUUGAUGAAUAUUUCAACAACACCAUAAAAACUAUGAUGGGUCAUCAUUGGGCUUAUCACAACUGUCCUGAUGCCAAGUAUUUCUUUUAUGUUGACGAUGAUUAUUAUGUAUCUACAAGAAAUACAUUACGCUUCUUAAAAGACCCAAUGAAUUACCCUAAAUAUUUGUACAGCUUCAUUAUAAAUACUGAUAAGCACUCUCAAGAAGACCUUUAUGCAGGCUAUGUUUUCCCUUCUUCUCGCCCCAAGCGUUGGGUGCUUAGCAAGUGGUAUGUGUCUUUGGAGGAAUACCCAUAUUCUCACUACCCUGCCUACAUCACGGCUGGAGCAUAUAUAUUGUCAAGAAAGUCCCUAGAAACUCUCUAUUUUGCGGAACUCUAUACAAAAUUUUUCAGGUUUGAUGACAUCUUCAUGGGUAUGUGUGCCAAGAAAGGCAACUUGCACUUGCUGCACCAAGAAGAAUUCCACUACCACAAGAAGACAUAUAGCAUUGAGGGCUACAAAUUCACCAUAGCAUCCCAUGGUUUUAAGGACCCUGAUGAGAUGCACAGGAUUUGGGAGGAGCAGCGUUCUGUGGGAAAUGCCUAAGCUAUUGUUUAUUCCCUGUAGCCCAGAAUUGUUCUAAAAUAAUUAUUUAUUAUUUUAAAUUUAUUUGAAAUAUAGCUGCUACUCAAAUCUCCUACUAUGAUGAUGCCAGAGCCAUCAAAUUUUUGUUAGAUCAGACUUGGAGUUUUUGUUUCUGAUGUGCAGCUCCUAAAUUUAUGACAUUCCAAUAUUUAUUUUGUAUAUUAUUUAUUAGAUAUAUUCGUUCUGUUCUCUGAACUUCUCUCCAUUUUGUCACCACAUUGUAAGACAUGGCAAUUCCCUGCACUGACUUUAGUCAGUGCAGGGAAUUCAGUCAGUGCACUGACUUUAGUCAGUGCAGGCCUUUUAUGGCCUUAGCUUACAUUCUUUGCUUUCUCCGCACAAGACUUGAUACCAUAUGAAAUGUGAUCAAUUCUAUUUGAAAAAAUAACUUUAUAACUUUUCAAUCUUGGCUAAAAAAUGAAAUAUAUAAAACAACACCUAAUGAAUUAAACAAUUAAACAUAAUCACAUUUAUGUUGAGGAAAGCUACCUGGAUGGAGAAUUUGAAGAGUGACUCUGUAAAUAAUUGGCAGUGUUAUCCUGUGCUGAUGACAAAUGUGAUUCACUAUUUCCUGCUAUUACUUGCUGCAGAUGAUCUCCUUGCUCAAGUAUUCUAUGAUUAAGAAUGUAUAAAUAUAAAUUAUGAACCAAAUUAAGCAUUAAAAUCAAAUCGAAUAACAUUUGAAAGACAUCAUUUCAAAUAUGAGUUCAUAUUCCUUGAUAGCUUAUUUAUGUGUGGAUGCAGUUUUUUGUGUGUAAGGUGUAAGGUAUAUUUUUCCAUAUCUUUCUGUUGAAUCAAUUCCUUCUAAAGAAUCACUUUUGAAACAUGUGCAUUUCUUGAUGUAUUUUUAAUGAGAAAUUAUAUUGGAAUUACCGUAACAUUUUCAAGUAUAUGGGUAUUGGGAUGCUGAUGCUUCCUUGAUGCGUACAAACGUCUUUAAAUACUGUUUCAUUUUUACUGGUUAGUAUUUGCAGCUAUAAUUUAUAAUAACGUAUUUAAUUUUUGACUAGUCCUUAUACUGUAUAGUGUAUAUACUAGUCAAUUUUGUUCAUGUUAGUCUGUAGAGAAUUUAUUCCUGCUACAUUGCCAUAACAGCUUCUACAUUCCGUUUAGCAUUCCCUUUGAUAAUUUGAUUCUACCCACACAUUUCAUUAUGCGCAUUUUCAUAAUGAUAUCACAUAAUAUAUUGUAUAACUUGUAUAACAUAUCGUAUAACAUAUUUUUCAUAUUAUUAUAUUAUGUCAAGUUAAAUCUUAAUGUUUUUUCGGAUUUGAUGUUCUUCAAAGUCAUACAACUUGCUUGCCUACGACGUUCUCGGCAAUUGGUUGUGCGUGACCGUGUCAUUCUGCCUCUAAUUUAAUCAUAUGAUUACGAAAUUAUUUCAAGAAAAGCAAUGAGGUGGUCGUAUUAGUUGGUAGAGAUUUGUCUGUGUUUUUUAAGCAGGUUUCAUUGAGGACCAGAGAAUUUGCUUUACUGGUAAUUUUUUUUUCAAUAAAUCAAACAAUAUUUUUCGUUUACACUGGUGAAUCAAAAAUCGGAUUUACCAGCGAUUGAUUGAUGAUUGAUUGAUACAUUUGAAACGUUGUUGAUGAAAUAAAAAUUUCCAUCGGUACCCUUAUUUUUGAUUUAACAGUACUAACGAAAAAUGUUGUCCGAUAUAUUGAAAAAAAACUGAGAAGAAAAUUGUCAAUAAAAAAAUUCUGUGAUCUUCAUUGAAAUCUGCAUAAAUGAACAAAUUCUGCUAACCUACGGUUUACUAAUUUGUGUGUGUAAUUUUUUUUAUCAUUUUUGCUCGUAGAGAUUGUAAAACGAGUGAUAAUAAUUUGACUAUUACGUUUAAAACACUAGCAUACUUGCGAUGAAUUUAUUCUUUAAACCUAGUAGAGAUUGAUUCUCUUUGAUCUUCAAAUUGAAGAAAAACUUCAGAUGAAGGAUGAAUAUUUCUAGGAAUCCAAUUCCUAUGUUGCCCAUCGUAAAUAAUUGUUUGAAUUUGGAACGUAUUUUCAAAUCAAUUUGUGGUUUAGAUAACAAAAUCACAGUCUGAUACUCCUCGUGAUUCAUGUCGAAUUCAAUUGAGAUGUUUCCAUUUAGUUAAUUCUAAUUAUAAUUUAGUUAAUAGUUAAUUCUUUGGCAGCAAAUGAGCGUACCUGUCUAAUUGCUAUUCAUGUAGUUUUAAACAAAAUCAUAGUCUGAUACAUCAUACUCCUCGUAAUUGAUGUCGAAUUCAAUUGAGGUGUUUUUAUUUAGUUAAUUCUAUGGCAGCGAAUGAGCGUACCCGUCUAAUUGCUAUUCAUGUAGUUUUAAUUUUUGUCAUAGCAUAUUUUAAAGUAUUUGUCAAUAUAUAUGGCAAAUAUCGUCGCUGUGAUAGUUCAUAUUGGCCGUGUUUGCCUUUGCAAUUGAGUUACCGAUGUUGAAUUUAUUUAUUAUUUUCGUACUGAUCAAUGACGAAAAACCAUCCAACUCCUUUGACUAUCUGCUUCCGAGCAAAACCUCUAAGGUCUGAGCUAAAGCUCGUCAAAAGCACGAAUGAAAAAUAAACCAGGAGUACGCCGACUUUAAAAGUAACCACACUAAUCCAUUUAUUUAUUUUGGAAUUGAAUAGCCAUAGAGUUACCGCGGUUGUAACGCUCCUGGCUCACCGAGAUUGUGCUGCUUCAGAGUGAUUUAAUGUUCUUCCUAAAUCACCUUGCACAUGUUAUUUAAAAUCAUCAUGUGAUAGAACUUCAUUGAAUACAAGCCUUGUCAGCAAAAAUUGUUAUUAUUUUCACUUAUCAAUGUUUUAGUGAUACUUGAAGCAGUUAUUUAUACGAAGGAUAGUCGAAUGUUCCUAUUUUGUUACCCGUUUUGUAUUUUUUUUAGUAUUUUAAAUGAUUUGAUAAAUACGAUCCCCCUUGUUAUUAACUUAUUAUUUGGAUGAAAAAGAGAAAGCACUGUAAACGCUUGAGUACUUCUACGUCAUCAAGCGAACGAGUUGUCUUUUAAUUUACUUGUCUUCUCGUUUUAAAUUGUUAGCGUUUUCUUAUUAGAGUUUGAUGCUUAUCCUAUUAUUGAAAGUCAAAUUUGGGCUAUUUAUAGGUGUAAAUCAGAUUUUGCUCCGUUGCGUGAUUAAUUUUAGGUUUUCAUGUUAACGUUAUAUCGUGUGGCGUGUUUGGGAUUGGUAUUAAAUAGUACAGUUUGACAUUUUUAUGUAGCUAUCUCCUGUGAUUAAAUGAUGUGAAAACCA